UUCUACCUGUGUUACACCAGACGAAGAGAAGAAGAAGAACAAGAGUUGUAACUACAGAAAUAUGAGGUUUGUGUUUGAUUCUGAGAUGAUUUAUUCAAAAUUUAAUAUAAUUAUAAGGCAAAAAACAUGUUUUUGUUUGGUUUCCAUGUAAGUGUUAAGUACAUUUACUCAAGUACUACACACAGGUACAAAAUCUUGGUAUUUUUACUUGAGUAUCUCCUCUCCACUACUUUUAUAUGACAGCAUGAGUUGUAUGUAUAUUAACAGUAUAUUUAUAAUUCUUUACAAUAUGUAUAUUAUUCAUGAGCAGCGGUGUGAUGUAAGUACAUUUUCUGGUGUUUUCUUUUAAUCCUACUUUAUACUUUUACUCCAUUACAUUUAACCAGCUGUUGUUAGUUUUCAGAUCAAUAUUUUAAAUGUCCAGUCAGUUUAAAACCAAACAGUAAAUACAGUUUAUAUACAGUUAAUACAGUAAUAUACAGUACACAUGGUUUAAAUAGAGUUUAAAUAGAGUAUAUACAGUAUAUAUACAGUUUAAGUACCGUAAAUACAGUUUAUACACAGUAAAUAGUUUAUAUACAGUUUAUAUAGUAAAUAAGGUUUAUACACUGUAUAUAUACGGUACAUUAGCUCCACUGUGACAGCAUUAGGAGGCUGUUCAGAUGGUGAUGAGUCAUAAAUAAAUGUUUAAUUAGUAACAAUAAACGUGAGUACUUCUUCACAGCUGUUGUACUAUUGCCGGUAAUAACCCGGUAGAUUGCCGGCUGCAGGUGGGCCCGGUGUUUACACGGGCUGCCGGAGGGAAACAGCGCCCCCUGCUGUCACACUGCGGAACACACGAGCUAAUGUGUUCAGGCUCCUAUUGGCCUUUGUGUUUGUUUGAAUGCUGUUGGAACAAACUCGGGCAGCGGUUCUUCUCCUCCUCCGGUUGUUCUCGGCUCCCGGGUCGAAGCUCCGGUAGCAGCGGGUGUAGCGGCAGCAGCUCCGCGGCGACAGCUCACUGCGUGGCGGCUUCCGGUGUCCGUCCGUCUGCAGGAGGAUGGCGUCCGGCUUCAACCGCAUCCCCUCUACCGCCGGUCCUCCGAGUCCCAAAUACACCGAAGGUUGUCGACCUCAGGCUGCAGACAGGACCGAAAACCACCGAUAAGCCGCUCGAGUUUUCUCACCUAUCUCAAAGGACGUGUGUAAAGCCAGAUAACGCGCUCGGCUACUCUCCGGUGCCAGUCGACGUUUCCUCAACCACAUCCACCCUCUCAGUUCUGCUCUGAAACCCCCCACCUUCAUCUCCUGAGUGCUGAGUCCCUAUAUGCGAAGUGGAAGGAUGACAGAGGCGUGGCAGCAGCAGCAGCAACAUGCAGUGGCUCCACCCUCCGUUGUUCACACGCUCCCCCAGGGAACUGACAACCCCCUGGGCUGCGCUGUGUACGGAGUCGUCCUGCAGCCAGAUACCUCCCUGCAGCAGCCCCAGCACGGCCAGCAGCUCUCGGUUCAAGCCCAGCAGCCCUCCUUACAGGUAGGGGGCGAGAGAGGGCACAAGUGCGGGGCCUGUGGUCACGACAUCUCUCACCUGGCCAACCCUCAUGAACACCAGUGCAUGGUGAACCAAGACCGCUCCUUCCAGUGUACCCAGUGUAUGAAGAUCUUCAGCCAGGCGACAGACCUGCUGGAGCAUCAGUGUGUGCAGGUGGAACAGAAACCGUUUGUGUGUGGUGUUUGUAAGAUGGGCUUCUCUCUGCUCACCUCGCUGGCCCAGCAUCACAACUCGCACGGCAACGGCAACAACCCAAUGAAGUGCUCCAUCUGCGAGAAAACGUACCGGCCUGGUUCUGGAAACGUCACCCCGACCUCGUCAGCUGCCAACCCUCAGCAGCCCUCCACUGGAGAGACGUCCAGUGGCGGUGCAGCGAUCAGUGCCUCGUCUCCUCCUGCGUUUGAGGCCUCAGCACCAGACCGGCCAUAUAAGUGCUCAGUGUGCCAUAAGGCCUUCCGGCAUUUGUCAGAGCUGACCCGCCAUGAGAGAGUACACACUGGUGAAAAGCCAUACAAAUGUGACACGUGUGAUAAAAGCUUCAGCCAGUCUUCACAUCUGGCACACCACCAGCGCACGCACAGCUCUGAGCGGCCGUAUAAAUGUGCCGUGUGCGAGAAGAGCUUUAAGCACCGCUCUCACCUCGUGCGGCACAUGUACGCUCAUUCAGGCGAGCACCUCUUCAAGUGCAAUUUGUGUGAGAUGCACUUUAAGGAGUCGUCGGAGCUCCUGCACCAUCAGUGCCAGCCAGAGGGGGAGAGACCUUUCCGCUGCGGUUCGUGUGGAAAGAGCUUCAAGCGCCCGUCCGACCUGCGGCAGCACGAACGCACCCACUCGGAGGAGCGGCCUUUCCAGUGCGAGGAGUGCCAGAUGAGCUUCAAACAGCAGUAUGCUCUCGUACGCCACCGUCGCACUCACAAAAACCCGGCUGAUCGCCCUUUCAAGUGUAACCUCUGUGAUAAGGGCUUCCUUCAGCCGUCCCACCUGCUCUACCACCAGCAGGUUCACGGGAUGGAGAGUCUGUUUAAGUGCGCGUCCUGCCAGAAGUCUUUCAGCCAAUCGGGAGAACUGCUGAGGCACAAAUGUGGCGGUGAAGUGGAGAAGCCCUACAAGUGCGACGUGUGCGGCAAAGGUUACAAAAAGAAUUCGACGCUCCAGCGCCACCAGAACUCUCACUGCACGGAGAAGCCGCUGAAAUGCUCCCUGUGCGACAAGCGCUUCGUGUCGUCCUCCGAGUUUGUUCAGCACCGCUGCGACCCGACUCGGGAGAAGCCGCUGAAAUGUCCCGACUGUGAAAAGCGCUUCAGGUACUCGUCUGAGCUGCAGCGCCAUCGGCGAGUCCACACCGGGGAGAAGCCUUUCAAGUGUGCCAGCUGCGACAAGAGCUUCAAGCAGCGUGAGCACCUGGCCAAGCACCAGAGUGUGCAUUCGCGGGAGACACAGUUUAAGUGUGUGUGGUGCGGAGAGCGUUUUGUUGACCUCACAGCUCUGCAGGAGCACACAGUCCAGCACACCGCCGAGGGUGAGAGUUUCCCCGAAGCUCCCUGCAUCCCAUGAACUGAGCUGCUCUUCAGUCCUGGGUAGCAAAUGUGACAUUCACCCAGAAAGCAGCGUGUGCCAGCCUCUGCUCUCCCAUUCGUAGUUUAUAACAUUCACCCGUUAAUUCUGUUUAAUGGUUUUUAGUAUCCGUAAGACUCGACUCAUCCUCAUCCUUCAUUUAGCAAAAGAUUUAGGAUCCCUCGAUUUAUUUUGGAACACGUGGAGAAAAACUUGACCAGAAUGAAAAAAGGCGUGUGGUGUAAAAUGUGGGAAGAUCUUGGUUUUGUUUCGAGUGCGGGACCUUAUUCUGUGGUUGCAUGUGAUUGUCUGUUUUUCGUAAACUUGUUGAUUGUGUUGUUGAGAACGAUGACAAGAACUUCCAGGCAGUUGUCAGACGUGUGUGUGUGAUUGUGUGAGUGUGAGUGUGUGUGUGUGAGUGUGUGUGCGCUCCUCUCAGAUCCAUGUGCCUUUUUUUACCAAUCACUCAUUUUGUGUUUUUAAGUUUUCACGUCCAGUUUAGCCGAAAACCUCCCACCAGUUCACAGCGGCUGGCUUGUGCAGCAGUAUCUUUUCACAUACUAGAUCUUAGAUAGUAUCAUCUGUUUGUGCAUGAAUAUUUAUCACACUUUAAUAUCACUGUUGUAUUAUAGGUUUGGUUUAAUUAGGAAAACAUCCUAAGAAGAAGAAGAAAAAACGUGGAUUUGUGAAAAUGUAUAGCCUGUGUCCUAUGAAAUCUGUGUUGUUGCAUCUUUGUAUUAAAACAAAUGACGUCUAGGUAACUAACCCAUACCUACCAUGUCAUACAAACACUUGACAUGUGCAAUAGAACAUGCACAAUGUAAUAUUUAUGACUACUGAUUCAUGGCAUAGUCUACUCUGUUAUAUUAUAGAUUGUGUGUAUACGCUUAUGUAAACAUUGAAAACUGUAUAGUGCUUAUGUUACCUGCUUUUGUAUUCACCAUGAAUGAGCUUGCAGUAUUUUGCAGGCACUUUAGUUUCAGUUCCAGAUGGAUGAUCACCAGGUUUUAACCCUACGAGACUUUCAAAAUCAUUGUAUUUGCUCACUUGCCACAAACUAGCUGCGUUAGUUACCGUGCGAUAGAUCUAACAAAAGUAAUAUUUUUUAUUUUAUUUUGGAAGAAUUGGCCUUGUUAACAUCCUCACGGGAUUCGAGCCGCCUCCUGGUUCCACGCCAGACGUUCAGCAGAUUAAUCCGAGUAGCCUCAAAGUCGCAAUUUAUGUGUUGGUUUAUGCCGGGCAUAAAGUAAAAAAAAAUACAAAAAACAUUUGUGUACUUUUAGUUUACUGUGUGGGUUUCUAUAUUCUGUACAAUCUUUGCAGUAUAUUUAAAAAAAGAAGGUUUUUGGAGUUUAGAGAUCAUGGGUGGGAAAAGGAGGGUGGGAUGGGACGGGGACUGUGUGGUUGUGCCGGGUUCAAGUCCUGGUGAGUCUGCAUCACGACCUCCUGUUGGAGGGUGAGCGAGUGUAAUGAAGCGUUGGAUUUACACAUAUGGAUAUCAAUAUAGACUCCUGUUCAUACUGUAUACAGACAAUUAAAAUAAACCACCCUUAUGAAAA